UCGGAACUCGAGGACGUGAGCGCCUUCAUCACAGUCAAUAAACGUAACCUGAAGAACUCGAUUGAUCCAUGGUCUCAGUCGACUCCGGCUCUCGUACGCCGUGGAACGCCUCCACGAACAAAUUUCCGAGAUGCUUUGCGGGCACUGAUCGAUGACAAGAAAGAGAGUGUCGCUGUUGACGCGCAGAUCAAGGAAGCAAAGAUCAUGUUAGGGAAAAAAGAGGACUCCCAGUCAAACGAAGACGAAGCGACUAUGAACGAGAACAUAUUUGUCACCUCCCUGGGAGAGGAUGAUGGUGGUGAAGAAAAGGCACAUAAAGUCCUUCAGGCCGUACAACGAACAGAUGCGCUGCACCUGGACACGGUGUGGCACUUCUUUCUAGACGAGAAGCCUAAACAAGCGCCUUCGUUCCCAUCGAAUCAUCUGUCACAGGUCUGGACUUCGCCAUCAAUGACCUCAUUAAGUUCGCGACGAGACCUAUUCUUGUCUGGUUUCGUCUCUACAUGGGCUGGAAUGCAAGAGUUGCCAAAUGAGGUCUUGCUCUGGAUAUUGUAUGACCUAUGCUCCAACGCGGAUACUGACCUUCAAGAAGCCUACGUGCGAGUUCUCCGUGAGUCUGAAAUACAACUUCGCGAUCUCCUUACUAUCGAUCGUAUCAAAGACCUAUUCGCCAGCUUGAAGUCCAAGUCUGAAGCUCUGGAUAUCCGUAUGGUGAUGCAACCAAGCAAGGAAGUACCACGAAGUGUUCAAGUACCGCUACCCCCUGGACUUCUCCCUCUUCUCACCCUUUUCAAGCAAGCUGCGUCUCUCCUCACGCAAGAAACACGGUCAUAUACUCUAUUCAUCCUCGUCCGAAUGCUCUACGACUCCUCAGUCCUUUCAUCUGCUGCCACUUUCACCCUGCUUCGUUCUACUCUCGGUUCCUUGAUUGACUCCUCCUCGUUGUCCUCGACUUUGGAUACCGAUAUUUCCGCCCUCACAUCAUCCCUACCGUGCGCUCUCAAGUCUGUCACCCUCCAAGCUACCCUCAUAACUGCUCUGCCCGCGCUCUCUCCUGCCCAGCAAACCUUCAAACGAGCCCUUGCGCUUUCUUUCUUCCUCAAUACUCCCAUCCCGGGCGUAGCACAUCUUCUCUCGGCUUCCGUUGCGAAAGACGUCAUGACCUGCCUCUCGACUAACUCACUUUACACUGCCAUCGAUGACACAACAGACUACUCCACCCUCACCGCAUCCAUGACUCUAUUGGACGUUGCCAUUGACGUCGGCUUCGGUCUCCCGCUAUCAGCAUCUGCGCCAGGACUUCCGGGUGAUUCAACACCCUCUCUGACAAAAGAUCCCAACGUAACGCGCUUCAACAAUGACGUUGACGCUCUCGCCCAGCGUCUUCGGACCAUCGAGAGCUGCAUCCGAGACAGUGGCGCGACAGACAUGGCGCGCAUGUUAGCCAAGGAUGCAGUCAGCGGGGUGAAAUUCAGACUCGAGGGCGCUGUACGACUAGGCGCGAAGAGAAAGCGGGGCAUGUUUGCUGCAGGCGAUGAGGGGCAGGAGAGUAUCAAGAAGAUGUUCAUGCGGCCCCCUGUGCCGAAAAUAGAGAAGGCGGAGUAGGCGUGUUGAUGAAUUUAUGGAUAAAUAAUGACUAUAAUGAGGUGUAGCCAGGACGGCUCAAGAUGUGUUUCCUCGACAGAUGAUGGUUUUGCAUGUUGACCAGUAGCAUAUGUGAAGUGUACCGGGUUCAUUGACUGGCCA